AUGGGGGGCUGUUCUUCAAUUCUGUUCAGUUUCUGGUGGCAUGCAGGUGUUUUUCCAGGUAUGUAUUGCUUAUCACCUCAGUUGCUCCUACCAAUGGAACGCAAAUGUGCGUUGCCUUUCAGUGUUAUAGAUGUGUCUGUCAGAUUGCAUGACACGUAUGUGCUACUUUAUGAACAUCUCCUUUUGAAAUCCGUUGGCUCCAGCACCGCUAUCACCACGUCUCUUUGUAAAAUGCAUCAUGUAGGCUCCAUCCACAUGACCUCCAUUGUUCACUUCCCCACCACCACCCAACCCCCUCCCUUCACCUUUGGAUGUCACCGUCCCCUAUUGGUUAAUGGAUGCAUCCGUCAGUAG